GACCUCAUUCAUUGACGUCACAUAUUGGCCAAAUAUUCAUUUCGCCAGCUGUGAUUGUUUUGGAAAUAUUUUCCACAAUUUUGUCGCCAAAUGAACGCCAAAUUUUUCCAGUUUAGGUGACAGUCAACUCAAAAAUGGAAGGCACCGAGGUCCAGCCGCACUUAAUCUACAUUCCUGUCUUUGUAGUUGUCGUUUUCGGUGUCCUCGUCUUCGCUUUUGGCUUCCGAAGUUCGACACAACCUCCGAGUUCGAUGUUCGAAGAUGAAAACGAAAAGCGAAACCGACGUGGCAGACGCGUGAAGAAAUUAUCAGGAUCAGAAACCAAGCCCAGCACCAACGGCCAUGCCAAACUGCUGACGGACAACAGUCCAAAAGAGGACAAACAGGUCAAAGGUCCAAAAGUCGAGGAGGGGCGAGUUCAGAAGGACACUGCCCCAAAAAUCUCGCCCAAGAAAGACAAGCCGGUCAAGAACAAGGUCAGCGAAGGACAUGCUGUGAAGGAGCAAGAUGCUCCUCAGAAACUCGCUGUGACGAGUGAGGAAGGCAGAAAAGUGAAAGAGAAAGAAAAAGAUGAAGGUGAGGCUUGGAUCACGGCCACAUCUCGUAAAGAGAAGAAACACAACAAGCAAGUGAAUGGUGAGCCACUGGCCAAGUCGGCCAACAAAUCCACCAAGGCAUCUCCCCGGGGGCCUGGGGAUGACCAGAAGGCAUCCCAGAAGGACAAGAAAGAUGCGGUUGCCAAGGAGAGAGGAGGAGGCAAGAAGGAGAUGCCUCAGAAGCCAAAAGGUUCUCCGAAAAAGAUUGUGGAGAACCAGAUCAAGGCUUCCAGCGUCCCAGCCACCCAGUCGGCCCCAGUUCCCGAAUCUUCUCCCGAUCAGGGCAAGAAGAGAAAGAAGAAGGGCCAAGCCGAACAGCAAGAAGCGGCCAAUAAGACCGCAGAACCUGCAGCCUUGACCAAUGGGAUCGCAGGAGAUUCUGAUCCGGCCAAUCAGAAGAAAGACGCUGGGACUGAUGAGGAUGGCUUCACUCCUGGAAAGUCUCGCAAAGGUCGGAAAAAGCAGAAGACCACUCAAGAAGAUGGUUCCAAACAGUCUCCGCCAACUGAAGACAAGAAGCAGAAGUCGCCACCUUCAAGCCCCCAGGACAGUUCGGCCAAGAAGUCCGGCAAGAAGUCCCCAGACAAGACCUCACCGUCCAAGACCAAGCCGGCUGCCAAGACGGAGAAGGCCCCGGCUGUGCCGACGCCUGAAGGAAGCCCGGCUAAGAAGGCGGACGGGAAAGCAUCCUCCCCUGCUAAGACCAAAAAGAAUGUGAAGAAAGAGGAAGCCAGUCCCACUAAAGCUGAUGCCAAACCAUCAAAGGACAAGAAGUCCGGCCAAAAAGUCACCAACUCUGCCCCGUCGAGCUCCGAGGCCAGCCCGGCCAAGUCCAAGUCGCCCGCAGAUGGCAGCCCCACCAAGUCGGGCAAGAAAGGAGGAGGUGAUAAAACCUCCCAACAGCUCAAGAAAGAUGACAAACAACUCCAGGAGACCCAAGCUCCGUCAAGUACUUCCCCUGCUCCUGACACCAAGAGCAAAUCCAAAAAGAAACAGAAAAAGGAAUCUGCUCCAUCCACACCCGAGGCAAUUUCCAAACAGCCAGCCUCCCCUAAAAGCAAAGUGGUUCCGUCCCCUGAGCCCAAAGCAGAGAGUGUAAAUAGUAAGAGUAGUGGAAAGAAGAACAAGAGAAAAGGGGGGAGUGAAAGUAAAGGCAAGCCAUCAGAGGCAGUAAAUGGAGAAGCAUCACAUUCCUUGCCGCCAGCAAAUGCCAAAGAAGUUCCUAGUGCCAAAACCCCUGACAAAACCGGUGACAAAGUGUCGUUGGAUCCCCCCACCCCCAAGCCAGAGCCAGUAGCGGUGGCCGAAGUGCCGGCAGUCCAAGAAAAUGAUAAUUGGGUUGAAGCCAAGCCCAAAAAGGUCCGCAAAAAGGUAAGAAAGGACCUCUGAUGCCUCCCUGGAAGCUGAUUGGUCACUUCGCUAAGUCAUCCAAGUCAUGUGAUCUCCAUUCUGCCCCCCUAUUGGUAACCACUGACCGUCAAAUUAUGAGGUCAUUAUGCACCAUUGGUGAGGGGCAACUCAAUGUGUUUCAUCAGGCAACACCAUUAAUGGGGUAUGUGUAAUGUCCGAGUUUUUGGCGUCGUGAUUGGAUGUAAUCGGAUCACAUGACCCAUGUAAUGAUAUUUUGAUUGGUCGUCAGUAAAGCGAUGCAAGUGCCAUUGCUGAUUGACAGAAAAGUAAGACUGGGCAGGGGAAAUAUUACAGAAGAACAAAGAAAGUGAUUGGUUGUUUCUGAUUGAUGCCCUAUGAGAGCUUCCUUUUGAUUGGCUGGACCUAAGUCAGGUGACUUGCCCAGAUGUUUCCGGCCAUCUGAUUGGCUUACUGACUUGCGUGUCACACACAGUUGAUGUAGCAGACAAGUUUAGAUAGUUGAAGUGCGGAAGGUCUGCAGACGCAGAAAAGAAUUUUGAUUUUUUGAUUUAUAAGUAAGUCUCCAAUCUUUUUUUCCUAAUUUGGAGAUUUUGAAAAAGCUAAAUGGGGAAGUACCAAACAGUAUCAAGUUCACAAAAAGUUUUAAAAAGCUGAUGCCUUUUUGUACAGUCAGUGUAAAUAGCCAUGGUGCUUUUUUGUGGUCUUUGGAAUUUCACUGGGGAAAAAAAAAGUUUAAAAAAGCUUUAUUUUGUGAUGUUAACAUAAUACCGAGGAAAAAAAACACAAAUACAUUCCAUCGUGAUAUGUGCAAACAUGUUUUUAAAAAAUAGUUUUGAAGCCAAAUUCUUACAGAAAAGGUAUUUUCCUCAAAAAAAUCUGACGGUAACCAAAAGGUCAUGCUUGAGAACAGUACAUUUCACUCUUCCUUCACAUACUUCUAAAUAAACAAAUAAAUACAUAAUAUGUAUUGUUAAGAUCAGAUUUGAUUUAUAUAACGCUUGCCAAAAAUGUUAGGUGCGUGUAUGUCCAUUUGAAAGAGUAUUUUCCAGUCAAAAUGUAUUUUUGCACAAAUUAUAUUUUAAUCGUCAAAACUGAAGACUUUGUUACUCAACCUCGUGUACUUUGCUAUAUUUGAAGUUUUGGUUGCUGUUUCAAUUUCCUCUGAAAUCAAUUUUUUUUUCUGAACGCUGAAUUGGCUGGCCGUGUUGGUGUAUUCAUCCAGGCAUCAACAUUUGAACAGUAGUUUCACUUGGCCAAAGCAUUCCUCCAUGGCCAAAGUGACAUGAGUGAUAGAGAUUUAACCUACCACACAUCACUGACGUUGAAACAUUUGCCAGAACUGAAUACAACAUUUGAGUUGUACAUUGAAAGAGCAUACAAGUACAUGCAGAAGUUAAAACUGCGAUUUCACCCAGUACAAUUUGAUAUAUUCAAUAUAGAAAGGGGAUAAAACAGAUUGUCAAAAAUGUCAACCAAACCGCCAAAGUAAAAUCAGGAUCAAGUUUUGAUUGAUGACUAGGAAACCAAAUCCAUUUUUAUUUUUGGCCCAAACUUGAAUUCUUUGAGAGAAAAGCUUUUCGCAUAAUGAAAUCUUUAUUUUUGUACUUCUGAUUUUCACAGCGAUUUGUUAAUGGAUUAAUAUGGAUCAAUCAACAGCAGAUGCUAAAAACAUUGUUUUACGCGAGAUAAUGUUGAAAAAUUAGUCGAUUUAGUGUAUGUUCAUGUUAUAUUAAAGCUUUUAAAUAUGGAAACUCUUCCUGCAGAAAAUGUCAGUAAAAAACAGUUUAAAUCGUAACUUAUUAAAAGUUUAAAAAGUGAAAGAUGGAAAAAACAAGGGGAGGGGAGAAACAUACUGCUCUGUGCUUCAGUUGUUUAUAAAUUGUCUGUGGUGUCCAGAAAUCUUCAAAGUCGCCCAAAAAAAAAAAAAUCUUCAGAUUUUCCAAAAAAAAAUCGAAGUCACACAAAAAAAAGCCUGGUGUACACCGCAUUUUGUGUUAGUUUUUGUUUAAAUUUUUUUUUUUGAAAGUAUCAUUGCAUUGCUGUAAGGUGUUCAAUUAAGAGAUUUGUUGUCUUAAUGCAGAUUUACAAGAAUUUGGUAGUAAUUGACAAUCACUGUUUGUCAAUAACUUCCUAGAUGGCGAUAAUAGGUUCGAAUUGAACAUACUUUCGUUGCUUUACAUAUAUAAAGGAAAUUUUUCGUCAACAGUUCCAUGAGUUUGGCCAGAACAUGCUCCAAAUAGCAGUUUCCGAUGGAGUUUGGAUGUACAGAAAAUAUAUUGCUUAUCUUUAAAUGAACAUUAAAAAGCCUAAGUUGUACAAAAAAAAUACACAAAAAAAGUUAUCAAAUGCUAUAUUACGGAAUUCUUUAUGAUGCUUUACUGUAUCAGUGAUAAAACAGUUUGUAAAAUUGUGACAGAUUUAUCAAUCUUUUCUCUUCCAUUUUUUUUUCUUGCCUUAUAUUUUUUUUCCUUUUUAAAAUGGUUGAAGGGUGUGUAAAUUGUAUUUUGUUUCAUUACAAGUUUUAAUUGAGCAGGCGAAGGCCACAAUUUCCAACAAUUCUUUUUAACUUUCAUUCAUGCGUUCGCUUCUGUGCUGUGACUUCACAAUUGCUUUUCAUUCAAUGUCACAACAGUAGACUCCCAAAGGAUAAUUUAAUAAAGUUACUUCCUUAUGCUUUGUCUGUUGUACAUUAUGCAUUGUGGAAGCACAUACAAAAGUAUUACUUUGAAAAAACAAAAUUUUUAUUUGAUUUUAAAAUAUAAAAAAGUAAGCAGUGUUGAUAAGUUACAUGUGUUGUAUACAGUCGAAUCUCGUUAGUACAAACUCUGUUAAUACAAAAUUCUGGUGAUAACAAACAUAAAGCCUUAGUCCCGACUGUGCAUUUAUGUGCACAAUGAAAGGGACUGAUGUUCCUCUUAAUACAAAAUUCUGAUAUAACAAACAAUUUGGCUAGGUCCGAACGAGUUUGUAUUAACGAGACUCGACUGUACAUAAACUGACAAAAAGUUCAAAGUUUUUAACUUAUGAUUGCCACAAAACUUAUAUAAUGUGAUGCGUAUCUGUAUGUCUUUCUUUGUCAAUGUAGACUUUUGUUUAUAGUAUAGACAAAUUUCAAUUUGGAAAUGUAGCCUCGGGCCUCGGUGCUGUUUUUGUUGAGAGGAUUAAAAACAGAAAAGGUUCUCAAUUCAUACAAUGGCUUAGCGCUAAGAGCCUCGGCUUCAACGCUAAUUGGGAAAUUCGUCUACGACUUCCAAGAAAAUGUACAUUAUAGCUCACACAUUUUUUGAUCACGAGACCUUUUAUGACAAGCUUGUAUGUGUCCCUUUGUUCUUGUUGGACAAGGCAAGGAACUCAAGGCAAGGAAUUCAAGACAAGAAUCGUUACAAACUGGAAAAAAAAUUUGUUUGUGUCGAUCUAUUCUGUACCUGUUGUACAUUGUACCAGGUGAUUGAACUUGACAAUUAUUUGCUCACAUUUUUUUUCUUUCGAGUUAUGUGUAUUUGUAUUUUUAAAAAAAAAGAUACAAAAGAGUAGUCAUUUAGAGAAAUGAAACUUGGAUAUUCGGGGCAUUGUGUUAAUUGUUUUUCCCAAAUAAGGCCAAGACUUAGCUUUGUCUUUUUAAAGUGGCAUUGUAAAAUCAAAUACAGGCUUCCAAGAGGUCCUGGGGGAAAUGGAAAACAAAAACUGAUUAAAAUUAUAAAUCUCAAAAAUUAAAACUUAAUUGUCAACUCUUCCUCCAGAGCUUUUUGAAUGAAGCACUCUAAUUGCUCUAGGUGCAUACAGCAUUCUUAGGGACAGAUGACUUAACCUGUAUUUUGUAACAUCAACAGGCUUAUUGUGAUGUGUUAAAUUUGUAAUUAUGGUCACUCACAGUGAAAUUUCUAAUUUGACAAAGACCAGUAGAACAGUAAAAAAAUAACAGACACAUUUAUUGUUAAGCAACAAAAAUUUUAUUACAUGUAUAUCAACUAGUAAAGUUGAGGAAAUUAAAAUUAUUUACAAAAAAAAAAAAUUUAAAGUGUAAAAGUGACAAUCAUCGUCAAGGAAUUGUUGACGUAAUAUAUAUAUUUUUUCUCGGGGAAGAAAAAACACAUUUUUGAGCGAAUUCCAUGAUUUAACAUGUAUUCCAUAAAAUCAUAAAGAAAAGAAAAACUGUAAAAGCUUUAUUUUUUUUCUCCUUUUAACAUGUUCAGCAGAAACUUGUGCUUCUAGGUUGAGGGAAAAUAAAUUUAUAUUAAAAUAA